UGGCAGUACUGUGUGACAUAUUGAAAGAUUAUGUUUUGUUUAUAUCACUAGUUCUCUACAUGCUUGUAGGAAGGGUAGAGGUAGUGUAAUUUUUUGUUUGUAAAUUUGUGGUUAGUGUUGGAACCUCCUAAAAUGUCAUCUGAUAACAGUGGUGCGGGUGAAAAUGUUGAUAGAAAUGCAGCACGCGAAUCUCUUCCGCCAGCUAUAGAAUAUCCAGGACCGAAUAACAUCACAGUUUCACCAAAUCAGCCAAGACAACCAACAACACUGCAGGACCUUCUAAGAUUUAGCGUCGAGGCGGCAGGUGGGCAAAUGACGCAGAAUAAUGCUGUUGCGAUAGACGAAGAGAGACGAAAAUUUUUGGAAGCAGCUCUGAAGAGUCUGACAUUUGAUGUGAUAGAAGAGUUGUUAAAGGCAAUAAACAUCCUGAAAAAUGCUGGUACGCUGGAGCUGGAGGACGAUCCCUCUGUAUGUGAAGCAGCAUUGGAUACUAUUACACAGCAUGUUGAUAACAUGGACACUGCAAAUGAUUUCCACAAAAUUGGAGGCUUUUGUAUUUUCCAUCCAUGCCUGGACUCGGCACACAGCAGCUUACGUUGGCGUGCUGCAGAAAUCAUUGCCGAACUGACGCAGAAUAACCCUUACUGCCAGCAACGCAUUCUGGAGGCUAAUUUAUUACAGCCUUUGCUGAACCUCGUAGAUAAUGAUCCAGCCAGCCAGGUCCGCGUUAAGGCCCUCUAUGCUAUUUCUUGUCUUGUACGUGAGAAUAAAAAUGCUCUUCAAGAGUUUAUAAAACAUGCGGGAUACUCAGUCCUCCUCCGUGCUAUGCAGAGCAAUGUUGAGAAGUUGCAGGUGAAAUCUGCAUUCCUAUUGUCGAGUCUCUGUUCCAGCACAGAAAUAAAAGAUGAGCUUUGUAAGAUGGGAUUUAUAGAACAGCUCAUAGGACUGGUUGGACCAGAGGGCAGCCCAGCUGUUGAACAUCUGCUAUCAGCAGUUGUUGCACUUGUGUCAGAUCAUGAAUUAUCUCAGCAAGAGUGUCGGAGGCCAGAACUGCACCUUCGCGAUAAACUGUUCCAGCUUAUGCAAAAUGUGUCUGGCAAGGAGGAAUUCAGAGCCAAGAUCUACUGGGAAAAUCCAGUUGGAUAACUUCAACAGGGGUGUCUUGAGGAAAACAAUUGAAGACUUCAGCUUGGUGCAGAAGACUGCCGCAAAACUUUGACCAAUACUCAAGAAAAAGUUUGGCUGGACUUGGAUUUUGGGUAUUAAAUCUCUGUAGAAUAUUUAGUCGUCCAUGGGAUGAAGCGGAAAUGAAAUACGUGAGUAUGCCCAGUACUUGUUGAGGAUUGUCUUUAGUGGUGAUGAAGAAGAACGUUAGUGAAGCUUACUACUUAUAAUUUCACCGUUUGAGAACCACACUCAUGAGGGAAGGCCACAAAAAUGUGUAGAGUCUGCAGGCAAAACUACUGCAAUACUCAGUUUCAGCAAAUGAAAGUUGUGUCAUUAGAUUUUAUCAUUGUUAUUAUAAUGCAGUAUUUAAUUUAAAAUGUGAAUUAUAUUUAAAAACUAUUUCAUAGAUUAAAUUAAAAAUAGUGCUUUUUGUACUAAUUCACAUAAGGAUUUUAUUGCAUACUAUGUUUCUUGUAAUUUAUUUCCCUUUAUACUGCACUAUCCGCACUGAUACCUUUAUUUUUUCAGGUGAGAUGUAGGCUAAAUGUUUUUGUUUUCUACCAACCUUCAAAAAACACCAAGGCCAAGAACAUUAAUUAUUUCAUUAAUCAAAGCCAUCAAUACCAUAGUGAGCAAAUAAUAUAGAAUAAUAAUCAUGUCCUUAACCAUGUAACAUGGGAUCAGACCAUCAAACUCCUCUCUCACGUGAGAAAUAUCACUGUAGAUGAGUUAGUACCAGAAACACAAGUGCUGACAAAAUCCAAUACUUAGCUUCCAGUGGCCACUUACUUUCAUCUUAGUGUACAGUAGACGCUAGAGCUGCUUAGCAGAAAAACAAUUUGACUAAUUGUGUAGAAAACAACUUUACUACUGCAAUUCACAGCUAGUUUCUAUAAGCUAAUGUGUAAGUGUGUUUCCGUUGUGCCUGUCUGCAACUCAGCGUGUCAUCUUUAUGGUGAGUAGCAAUCUAGCUUUUCCUUAUAUUGCUGGUAUUAGCAAAAGAAAGGAAAAAAAGUGCUUUAACAGAUCACAACAACAAAAUUAUGUGGCAUGUACACAAAUGACAACUGUUAUACAACUAUCACCUCUCCCUCUGCAGAGUACAGGUCAUUCAUGUUUUAUCUUCCUAAAUUUAUUUUUCAUUAAUAAAGUCAUGUUAUAUAUAACCCAUUAGUAGCAUAAAAAUUAAGUAAUGAGCAGAAAGCAUAGCAAUACAUAUGGAAGAAAUGGGUUGAUCAGGAAAAUAAACUAGAGAAGCAAAAAUCUAGUUACAAAUUUCUUAAAUCGAUCACUUCACACCUUUUAAAGUCAGGAUACCAGCAUCCUGCAUAAUUAUCAAUGAAAACCAAACAUAAAUAAUAAGGAAUUCUGCAGCACCAGAGAACACGUAAAAGUUAUUUGUUAAACUGACAGGAGAUUAAAGACUGGAACUAGCGAAAACUCUAGAAAUGACUGCAGUCCAAUAAAUGGGCAAAUAGCAGUGUAUCUACAGAGUUCAAUGAAACUUUAUUGUAAAGUUACAUACAAAUAUGCUAGCUGUUCUACAACAAUAAUUUAACUAAUUAUUAUUAAAAUUAUCAUUAUUACAUAUAAGAUCAUCAAACUAAAGACACACUUAAACUUGCUUUGAAUGUGUGCAUUGAUGAUACAUUGAAAUAUUCUCUCAUACAAUGUUUCAAAUUUUUCUUCAACUAGUUCUUAAAACAUUCUUAAUUAUUUUUAUGUGGCAGAAAAGAGGACACGUCAGUGAAUGGAGAACCUCUCCAAAUUUUGAUACGUGACAUGCUCUGUGGUGUAGUUGCAGAGCACAUCGCUGUGGGGUAAAGAUGUCAGCACAUGGUAGACAAAUCAUCCACUCUGUAUCAUUGCAUCAAAUUAGUUCAUUCAUGCCAAUAGGCAACCCAAUGAACUGAUUUCCAAAGCUGGCUAUUGCUAUAGCCCUUCCUGGGCAGUCCCAGCAAUGAAUUACAUAUAUAUGCUCUCCUCCCAGACUGUUAUUCACUGCCCAUAAUGAUCACCUGUAAGAUGAGUUAAAAACUAGGAGAGGUGUUCUAUCCACUGAUGUGUGGAUAUUUUCUGUAUGUCGUGUAGCUGUUCGCACAGUCACCUUCUGAAAUCCUGAAGAUACUUAUGAAUAACCCUGUGUACAUGCAUUAAUUUCAUCCACAAAGUUCAUUGUGCUUAGGACUUCAAGUGUUGUUUUUGUUACUGAAAUAAAGCCAAUUUAUACUUUCGGUUCAUGUAAUAGAUGAGACACUAUGGACUUAAAACAGUUGUAUAUGAAUUGAACAUCAAAAUAAAUUUUUGUA